AUGCCAAAAGAAAUGGAUUAUUAUAAUAGUCUCGGUGUUCCUGCCGAUGCAAGUGAUGACCAAAUAAAAAAGGCAUAUAGAAAGCUUGCGAUUAAGUACCAUCCAGAUAAAAACCCAGGAGAUAAAAAUGCUGAAGAAAAAUUUAAAGAAGUUUCAGAAGCAUAUGCUGUUCUUUCUGAUCAUGAGAAAAGAGAAAUGUAUGAUCGUUAUGGAAAAGAAGGACUUGAAAAAGGAGGAAUGGGAGGAUUUGAUAUGAAUGAUAUAUUUGCACAAUUCUUUGGACAUCCAAGAAGACCAUCAGGACCAAGAAAAGGACAAUCAAUUCAAGUACCAUUAAAAUGUGAUUUAGAGGAUUUGUAUAAUGGAAAAACAUUUAAAAGAAAGAUUACACAUGAUAUUCUUUGUAAGAGUUGUAAAGGAAAAGGAACUAAAUCAGGUAAUGAACCAAAGAGAUGUAGUAAAUGUGGAGGAAAUGGUUAUGUAAUGAUUACUACACGACAAGGAAUGUAUAUGAUGCAAAGUCAACAAGUUUGUCCAAUGUGUAAAGGACAAGGAGAGCUUAUUUCAGAUAGUGACAAAUGUAAAACAUGUCAUGGAAAUAAAGUUGUUUCAGAAGAAAAAAUACUUGAAAUUAUUGUUCAACCAGGAACUAAAAAUAAUGAAAGAAUUGUUUUUGAAGGAGAGUCUGAUCAAGCACCAAAUUUAAUUCCAGGAGAUGUUAUUUUUGUAGUUCAAACUAAAGAACAUAGAAUAUUUGAACGUAAAGGAAAUAAUUUAGUUAUGAAUAAAAAAAUUACAUUAAAUGAAGCAUUAACAGGUAUUGCAUUUACUGUUAAACAAUUAGAUGAAAGAAUAUUAUAUAUUGAAGGAAAAGAAGUUAUUCAACCAGAUAGUUAUAUGAAAAUUAACGGUGAAGGAUUUACAAUUAAACAUCAUCCUGAAGAACGUGGUGAUUUGUAUAUCCAUUUUGAGGUUGUUCUUCCAUCUAAAGCGCAAAUUGCUCAAAAUAUUUCUCAAUUAAAAGAAUUAUUACCAAAACCAUCUUCAGUUCCAAUGAAAGAUGAAAAGUGCACUGUAUGUACCUUAAUUCCAUCUGCUGCUCCAACAGAACGUUCUGAAAAUGGAUAUAGACAAACACAAAUGUCUGAUGACGAUGAUGAUGAUGAUAAUGACCAACAAGGAAAUGUUCAAUGUCACCAACAAUAA